AUGGCUAAGGCAGCUUUAAGUGGAGGGUGGGUUAUUUUUCCCUUGGUUUGCCUGGUGGUUGCCUCUCUGAAAGAAUGUUGUGGCUGCUCUUGUUUCUGGUGACUGCUAUUCAUGCUGAACUCUGUCAACCAGAUGCAAAAAAUGCUUUUAAAGUGAGACUUAGUAUCAAAACAGCUCUGGGAGAUAAAGCAUAUGUCUGGGAUGCAAAUGAAGAAUAUCUCUUCAAAGCAAUGAUAGCUUUCUCCAUGAGAAAAGUUCCCAACAGAGGAACUACAGACAUUUCGCAUGUCCUAGUCUGCAAUGUAACCCAGCGGGUGUCAUUCUGGUUCGUGGUUACAGAUGCUUCGAAAAAUCACACCCUUCCUGCUGAUGAGAUACAGUUAGCCAUAAGAAUGAAUAGGAACCGGAUCAACAAUGCCUUCUCUUUGAAUGACCAGACUCUGGAAUUUUUAAAAAUUCCUUCCACUCUUGCACCACCCACUGACCCAUCUGUGCCCAUCUGGAUUAUUAUAUUUGGUGUGAUAUUUUGUAUUGUCAUAGUUGCAAUCACACUGUUGGUUUUAUCAGGAAUCUGGCAACGUAGAAGGAAGAACAAAGGACUAUCGGAAGUGGAUGAUGCUGAAGAUAAGUGUGAAAACACCAUCGCAAUUGAAAAUGGCAUCUCCAGUGACUCCAUGGACAUGAAGGGAUGGCACAUUAAUGACACCUUUAUGACAGAGGAUGAGCGGCUUACCCCUCUUUGAGGGGCUGCAGUUUUACUUCCCAAGAAACUCGACACUUGUUUCGGUGCUGCUGUUGAGCACCACAAAUUGUCGAGGGCAGAUUACAUAUUUUUUUCACCAUUCUUCUUUUGUAACAAAUUUUAAACAUACGCAAAAGUGAAAGGCAAUCAGUUAUACCCAUGAAGACCACUGGAGUCGUAAACUGUUGAGUACACCCCAUAUUCUAAAACAUUUCCCUGACAACACAGUGUGUAAGUGUGGUCAUUCGGUGUUUGUAAUCAUUAAUUUAAAAAUCCAUCCGUAUUUAAACAUUUCCAAAAAGAAGGUCAGGCCACAAUAUAUAUUUCACACUCCGAAGACAUAAGGACAAACAUUUUUCCAGUGGCAAAUGCCUAUAAUAUGAUGUAGAAAUCAUUGAAAAUGGAUCCUAUUGGAAUAUUGUUUAUAUCACUCUGUAUAUGACUAAGUAAGCAAGAAUAAAAGUAAUUAUUGUAAAUGGGAUGGAUAAAAAUGGGAGUGUUGAUAAACAAGGUGGAAUUUAAUCCUAUAAUUAUACCAACAGUUGCUUAUGUAUCUUCUAUCAGUCUCUAAUAGGGAAGCUCUAUUUGUUAUUUCUGCAAUUUGUAAAAGUACAAUCUAUGCUAGUUUAAUAAAGUGCUAAUUGUCUCUUUUUGAUCAUGUGA